GGCAGUUUUUGGCCCAUUUCGGCAGGACACGUGUCCUCCCAUUAGAGAUCGGCCCCUACUUCCGAUGUAUAUAACCCCCCGCAGACACGGGGCGCCACCGUCGCCGUAGACAACUUCCCCAGCAGACAAAGAAUGGAUGCGAACCAGCGACUCAGACAGACCCACCCCCACGCCGCCGACUCGCCGGUGCCUGGCAUCGUCAACGAGCGCGUGCUUCUGCUCGUCUUCGAGUCCAUCCAGUGGGACCUCCGUGUGCUCUGCCUCGUGUCCUCUGUGAACCGGAAGCUCCGCGCCAUAGCGAAGAGGCUGCUGUGGCGCGAGCUCUGCGCCCACCGCGCGCCACGCAUGGUGGCGGCAUUGACUGGCGGCACACCGGGCGGGGCCCGGAUCGGUGGGGGAUGGCCGGCGGUGGCGAAACUCAUGUUCUUCUGCUGCGGCGCGGAGCAGAGCAGGAACUUCCGGAUGGGGCAGCAUCUGCCGGGGCACUUUGCGAGCUCGUCACGGUUCUCGAAGACGUCGGGGCGGAGCUUCCUACCGAGGCGGUGCCGGGGCGACGUGCUGUACAUGAGCGACCCCUGCGAGCACCAAAUGGGGAUGGAAGGGCAUCAAGACGACGUCGGGGUGUACCGAGGGGUGUUUAAGGGAUUUAGCUGCUCCAUGACGCGCGCCUGCCUGAUUGGACGGCGGGCAGAGCUCGAGGACCGGGCGUGCCCGUACUGCGGGGCUCGCGUGUGGAGCAUGACCACGGCGCGGCUGGUGCCGCGGAGUGCGGCAAGGAGGCUCGGCUCACGGAAUGGGCGGCUCGAGUACUUUGUGUGCGUGAACGGGCACUUGCACGGCACGUGCUGGCUGGCUCCGCUGUCAUCCGACGAGGACGACGGUUGCGAGUUCGAUGACGACGAGGACGACGACCGGGAUAAGGACGGAGACCAGAACGGCCAAGAUGCGGUCAACGGGAGUGAUGAUCGGGCGGGCACGGAUGGGAGCACGAGCUCCACGGGCGAAGAGAUUGUCGGAGAAUGGGGGCCCACAGAGUGACGACCACAAUUUCUCGGCCGUUGAUUGGUGUCGGGAUGCAUCAGAUUUGGCGGUGUCUGGCUUGCGUGGCGUAUAUUCUAUUCUUAGUCUCGACCUUUACACGGGCGCGGCGAGUUUCCCGAAGGUCGAGUCCACUCUCUCUCUCUCUCUGUGUCUGACUUUGGCUUCUAUAGCGGUGGAAGCGAUUCUGUGAGGUAGCGACCACCAUAUUGAUUUUUCGAUCCCUCAGAUCGUACGGACACGAUUUCUUUGUAGUGUUUCUGGUCUCUCUUUUCACCGACGGGUUU